AUGAGGAAAGUGGUGGUGGUUGAUGGUACUCACUUGAAAGGAAAAUAUGCAGGGUGUUUACUGACUGCGUCUGCCCAAGAUGGCAACUACCAGAUAUUCCCUCUAGCUUUUGCAGUAGUUGACAGCGAGAACGACUCCUCAUGGGAGUGGUUUUUUGAGCAGUUGUCAGGAUUUGUUGAGCAGGAUGAUGAGUUGGUGUUUGUAUCUGACAGGCACACGUCUAUAUACAAAGGUCUUGGCAAGGUCUAUCCGGGAGCAGGGCAUUGUAUCUGCGUGGUUCAUUUGAAGAGAAACAUAAGGUCAAAUUUUAGAGCUCGACACCUGGAGUAUCUCGUUGCUAAAGCAGCUAGGACCUUCAGAUUGCAGGAAUUCUAUAUAACUUUUAACGAGAUUAAGACAAUGGAUCCGGCAUGUGCUGAGUACUUACUUGAUAUAGGGUUAGAGCAUUGGGCAAGAUCACAUUUCCCAGGGAAGAGAUAUAAUAUCAUGACAAGCAACCUUGCGGAAUCAUGGAAUUCUGUUUUGCGGGAAGCUAGAGAAUUUCCGAGGACGAGUACGAGGUGCGCAACAAGAACGGAGGAAGCUUUCACGUUGACCUCGAUAAAAAAACAUGUAGCUGUUACGAGUUUCAGGUGCUUGGCUGCUGUAAUCAAGGCAAAGAUUAGCGUGGAAUCGUUGGUGUUGCCUGCAUACACUAUUGAGGGACUAAGGUCGGCAUAUGCAGGGAAUGUAUUGCCAGUGCCUGACUACACAGGUGUGUCUGAUUUGGUUUCUGACUUUCGUGGUAUGAAAUUGUGUCCUCCAGUGACAAGACGCCCACCUGAGAGGCCGAAGAAGCAGAGAUGA